GCUGUUCGAGUUCCCAGAGUUCCUAUUGGGUCAACACGGGAGGCUCCAAGAUGGCGGCAGCGGCAACCUGCGGCACUGGCGCGGGGAGUACUGCUUCUAUGGCAUCGGAAGCCAGCAAGAGCAACGUCACCAGUUUCCAGAGGAGGGGUCCUAGAGCCAGCGGGACCGACAGCGGCGGCACUCGACUGGUUUCCAUUGCGGGCACGCGACCGUCGGUGCGGAAUGGACAGCUGCUGGUAUCAACCGGGCUUCCAGCCCUGGACCAGCUCUUAGGUGGAGGUUUAGCUGUUGGAACAGUUCUUCUCAUUGAAGAGGAUAAAUAUAAUAUUUAUUCACCUUUGCUCUUCAAGUAUUUCCUGGCAGAGGGAAUCAUUAGUGGGCAUACACUGUUGAUUGCAUCUGCAAAAGAAGACCCUGCUGACAUUUUACAGGAACUUCCAGCACCAUUACUUGAUGAUAAUUGUAAAAAAGAACUUGAUAAAGAUGUAUAUAAUCAUAAAACACCAGAAUCUAAUGUUAAGAUGAAAAUAGCUUGGCGUUACCAGUUAUCACCCAAGAUGGAGCAGAUUGGACCAGUAUCACCUUCAAGAUUUGGUCACUAUUAUGAUGCAUCAAAAAGGAUACCACAAGAACUAAUUGAAGCUUCAAAAUGGCAUGGAUUUUUUCUUCCAGAAAAAAUAUCUUCACCUCUUAAAGUAGAACCUUGUUCUUUGACCCAUGGCUACCUAAAGCUGCUUCAGUUUAUCCAGAACAUCAUUUAUGAGGAAGGAUUUGAUGGAUCCAAUCCUCAGAAAAAACAGAAAAACAUUUUAAGAAUAGGAAUUCAGAAUCUUGGCUCACCUUUAUGGGGAGAUGACGUUUGCUGUACAGAAACCUGUGACAACAGUCAUAGCCUUACCAAGUUUCUCUAUCUUCUCCGUGGUCUUCUGCGAACCUCUCUUUCAGCCUGUAUCAUCACGAUGCCAACACAUCUGAUUCAGAAUAAAGCAAUUAUUGCUCGUGUUACAAAUUUGUCAGAUACAGUAGUUGGUCUGGAAUCAUUUAUCGGUUCUGAGAGAGAAACCAACCCUUUAUAUAAAGAUUAUCAUGGUUUGAUUCAUAUACGGCAGAUUCCUCGGCUUAAUAACUUGAUUUGUGAUGAAUCAGAUGUCAAAGACUUAGCUUUUAAAUUAAAAAGGAAGCUAUUCACCAUUGAGUGGGUGCAAGACAACUACUUGAGACAAGAGAGGAACAUUUAUCCUCCAGGCUUCUCAUACUUACUCAAGCAGAAAGACUCUGCAUGGGGAGAAGGUUCUUUACAGCAUUCCACAUUUUUAAUGAGCUUCCUUGCAAAGGCGACUGCAUUUGCCUCCAGACUUGUCAGACACGGUGAGCCGCUCAAGCAAACAGGAUCUGGCAGAAUCCGCCAAGCGGCUGGGCCCAGGCUGUGGCAUGAUGGCCGGAGGCAAGAAGCACCUGGAUUUCUAGGGAUUUCUCCUUAGUCGUUGCAUGCAGAAUUAUAUGACACUCUAAUUAUGAUUGCUAAUAGCUUAUGUAAAUAUUUUUCUUAACAAUUUGACCCUCCAAUUCUUGAAAAACACAGGAUUGAAAAAUGGGGCCACCAUUCUUCAUUUUUUCAACCAACUUUUUAUACAGAAAUACUACAGCAUAAAUACUUUUAUUUUAAAAUUUUGCCUGAUGGCAUAUUUGGAGAAAAUAAUUUUAUUUUUCAAUAAAUGCAAAAAAAGGGUCAAAAUCUCCAGAUGCAUUACAGUCAUCGUUACGUGUACUAAGGCACUUAGUAUCAUGGGUACAUAUUAGAGCAGGUAGCAUAUAAAACAUUGUGAAAUUCAAGAUCGUAUACGAAAAUAUAUUUUCUCUUUAUUUCAGAAAAAGGCACUUGGCACCAAAAAUGCUAAGGUUUUUUUUUUUUAAAUGAAAAUGUGUUUGCUAAUACAUAAAAUAAAUUUGCAUUUAUGUAUACUGUUAUUAAAUUGAUGAAGACAAAAUAAUAUUUGGGGAUUUAGGUUCUAUUAAAGAUAAUUACUCUGCCAUAGUAGUUAAUAAAUAUAAAGAACUUGAGUGAUAGAAAGAAUAGAAAAAAGAAGUUGAUGGUCUUCAGUUUAGUAAUCCUAAACAAUUGAAGUCAGCACUAUGAAAUUAUGUCAACAGACGUAAUUCAGGAUUGAAAUUCAAACUGACAGCUACAUUAAUGCUGGGAUACCAGGGGAAAAACAUAUACUGAAGCUUGGUGAGAGAUUCUUACAGAACAUAGGUCUGAGACAAAGUAGAAAAAUGAAAGUAACUCAGAUUUCCACUGUAUCACGUAAACCUUUUGUUAAUUAUGAACAUUGGUUGAGUAUGUAAAUUUCUAACCAUAUAAACAUGUGUUUUGGGGUGUAUAGCAUAGUGAACCAGUUUUCAUGUGAAACACCAGAUUUUUAAAUCAUAGUUCCAUAUACUCAAAGCUUUUAACAAAUAAUAGAUAAAAAGUGAAAAUUAAAAAGUAA